AACACGAACAAAUCAAUCUUUUUUUAAGAAAUUUACAGGCAAACCACCAACCACCCUUUUACAAUGUCUUGUAUUGUCUGACUAUUGAGUGAUUGAUUAUCAGUACAGUUUUUCUUUCCUUUAGCUCCAUUUGAGGGCAACCGCCACAUGUCAUUGUCAGAUCCAUCAUCCCCUCUCUACCCGCUCUUAACCCCCUCUUAGCGUAACCGAACCGUAUCGAUUUCCUUAUCUUCUUUUCACAUUUCCCAAUAUGUCCCAUGAUUCCAAUCUUUGUAUUUAUUGUUUUUAUUUAUCUAACCCUUUCUCUUUCACUCUCAAAGUCCCUGUCUUUCCUUCUCUGUUUGGCUGAAAUAUGUACAUUCUUCCCUUUCUUGGGUUUCUUUCUUGAAUUUGGUUUAUCGGGUUUUCUUAGUUUUUGGGUUUGUUUUUAAGUGGAUUUUGCUAUUUAUUUGGUGGUGAUAUUGAGACCCUUUGUUUGUUUCGUAGUUUGAUUCUUGAGGUUGAGGUGGAUGUAGUUGAGUUGUUCGUUUUUUUUUUCCCUUUCAUUUGAUGGUUCUUAGGGCUUGGUUAUUGAGAACCCAUUUGGCUAGCUUGGCUGGUGGCAGUCUGGAAUUUGAAGAUUCUGUUUUUCCUUGUUGAGACAGGACAGGACAGGACACGAUCAAAAAGGUUGGACUUUGUUACGUAAAAAUAUCUCGUUAUUUUGUGAUAACCAGUUUGUUUGUGUUAAGGAUUGCAUCCCUUUACUCUAUUUGCUCUACUGUCUCUAUAUUGCUAUCUAGACUGAGGAGAAAAGAAGGCCCCCAAUUACAGAACUACUUCUUUUUUCUUUUGGUUUUAGCCAAGAUAUGGAUAUAAGCAAUGAGGCCAAUGUUGAUCAUUUCAAAAUUGGACCUUCAUCAAUCAUUGGUAGGACAAUUGCUUUCAGAGUUCUAUUCUGCAAUUCAAUCUCACAUUUUAGGCAUAAAAUCUUUCAUGUGCUGUUGAAUUACAUUUAUAGAUUUGGUGACUUCGUGGCACCUAUGUUUUCAUGGUUUCAUCCAAGGAAUCCACAAGGGAUAUUGGUCAUGAUGACGAUAAUUGCAUUUUUAUUGAAACGAUAUACUAAUGUUAAGUUGAGGGCAGAAACAGCCUAUAGGAGGAAAUUUUGGAGGAAUAUGAUGAGAACUGCGUUGACAUAUGAGGAGUGGUCUCAUGCUGCUAAGAUGCUUGAUAAAGAGACCCCAAAGAUGCAUGAAUGUGAUCUUUACGAUGAAGAACUAGUCAGGAACAAGCUUCAAGAGCUUCGCCACCGUCGCCAAGAGGGAUGUCUUAGAGAUAUAAUCUUCUGUAUGAGAGCUGAUCUUGUAAGAAACCUCGGAAAUAUGUGCAACCCUGAGCUUCACAAGGAUAGGCUUCAAGUGCCCAAGCUCAUAAAGGAAUAUAUUGAUGAGGUCUCAACUCAGUUAAGAAUGGUUUGUGACUCCAAUUCAGAGGAGCUUUCAUUGGAAGAAAAGCUUGCUUUCAUGCAUGAAACAAGACAUGCUUUUGGGAGAACAGCAUUGCUUCUGAGUGGAGGUGCUUCUCUUGGAGCCUUUCAUGUGGGUGUGGUGAAAACACUGGUGGAGCAUAAGCUUGUGCCCCGUAUAGUCGCUGGUUCUAGUGUUGGGUCCAUUAUGUGUGCAGUUGUUGCCACCAGGUCAUGGCCAGAGCUGCAAAGUUUUUUUGAGGAUUCCUGGCACUCAUUGCAGUUUUUUGAUCAAUUGGGUGGAAUUUUCACUGUUGUUAAGAGGGUCAUGAGACAAGGAGUUGUUCAUGAAAUCCGGCAGUUGCAAUGGAUGUUAAGGAAUCUUACAAGUAAUCUUACAUUUCAAGAAGCUUAUGACAUGACAGGUCGAAUUCUUGGGAUCACAGUUUGCUCACCCAGGAAGCACGAGCCCCCUAGAUGCCUUAAUUACCUGACUUCCCCUCAUGUCGUUAUAUGGAGUGCAGUCACUGCUUCUUGCGCCUUUCCUGGUCUUUUUGAAGCUCAGGAACUAAUGGCAAAGGACAGGAGUGGAGAAAUUGUGCCUUAUCACCCACCUUUUAAUCUGGAUCCUGAGGAGGGAUCAGGGGCACCAAUACGUAGGUGGAGGGAUGGUAGCCUGGAGAUUGAUUUGCCAAUGAUACAAUUAAAAGAACUAUUCAAUGUCAAUCAUUUUAUUGUUAGUCAGGCAAAUCCUCACAUCGCUCCGUUGUUGAGACUGAAGGAUAUAGUGAGGGCAUAUGGAGGUAGCUUUGCUGCCAAGCUUGCUCAUCUCACUGAGAUGGAGGUAAAACAUAGGUGCAAUCAGGCAUUGGAACUUGGUUUUCCAUUAGGUGGACUUGCCAAGCUUUUUGCGCAAGAUUGGGAGGGUGAUGUCACUGUUGUUAAUACUGCCACUCUCGCUCAGUACUCAAAAAUUAUACAAAACCCAACUCAUGUGGAACUUCAAAAGGCAUCCAACCAGGGCAGAAGGUGCACGUGGGAGAAGCUUUCUGCCAUAAAAGCUAAUUGUGGCAUUGAGCUUGCUCUUGAUGAGUGCGUGGCUAUUCUGAACCACAUGCGUAGACUCAAAAGGAGUGCUGAGAGGGCUGCUGCUGCUUCUCAUGGCCAAGCAAGCUCUGCGAGCACAUUGAAAUUUAGUGCAUCAAAAAGAAUUCCUUCUUGGAAUUGCAUUGCUCGAGAAAACUCAACAGGCUCACUUGAAGAAGACCUCCUUGUUGAUGUUGCUUCCUCAUUCCAUCAAGGAGUUGGUGUGGCUGCAGGAACUUCUACUGGUAGGAGUUUGAGAACUCAACGUAACCUACACCAUGAUGGAAGUGAUAGUGAAUCGGAGAGUGUAGAUUCGAAUUCUUGGACAAGAUCUGGUGGGCCUUUGAUGAGGACUACUUCUGCAAAUAAGUUCAUUGACUUUGUCCAAAGUCUGGAUGUGGAUUCUGAGCUCACCAAAGGUUUUGUGUGUCAUCCUAACUCUCCUGGUGCUCAGAUGGGAGACAGGGAUUUAUAUAAUCAGAUCUCCAGAUUGUCAACCCCAGAUAGAAACUCAGAAAGUGAAUUCGAUCCGAGAGAUUUUAGCAGUAGAAUUUCUACAGGUGGUUCUAGCAUUACAGUCACUGAAGGAGAUCUUUUGCAGCAUGAAAGAAUCCUUAAUGGGUUUGUGCUGAAUGUUGUAAAGAAAGAGGACAUGGCGCCAUCCAUUAGGGUCCCCGGUAAGGAAAAUCACAAUAGUGAAGUUCCUGAAUGUGUCCAGCUUGAUUGUCCUGAAAAGGACAUGGAUGCUAGCUCAUCAUCAGACUCUGCUGCAGAUGACGAUGAUGAUCCCUCCCCAACAAAUCCCUUGCAUAGAACAGCUUCUACUCUUAGUCACACAGAUGAUCCUGUCAUUCAGGAUGUUCAGGAGAAGCAUGUCGUGGAUGGUUAACGAGUAACUUUUUCAUUACCCUACCAAACCAUUGAGUGGAGUCGAUUCCUAGGUUACUAUUAAUCAAAGGUUUGCCCAGUCACAUUGGAGUAGAAAAUUGAUUUUCAGACAAAUGACUUAGAAGUGAAUUAUAAAGAGCAGUUCAAAGCAAUCUGCAAGCAUCAAGAUGUUGCUGUUGUAUACUAAAUCUUGCACAUGCUGUGCCACAAUUGUAAUCCUCACACUUUUAAGCAAAUGAUAAGGUUUUGCCUA